AUGUUUGCUUCCAGCCCAGGGUUUGAGGUCAACCGGGCCGAACGGACCAACUCGAGCUCGGAUCGCGACGCAGCAGCAGCAGCAGCAGCAUACCAAGGCGUGGGGGGCGAUGCCGACGAGGAAGAAGUUAGGGAUCUAGCGCGAACCCUUACGGUCAAUUCGUUCGAAGACAAUGCUUCCGGUACGGGACUUUGCAAAUUCCUCACCAACAUGUCCGAGGUUCCCGGUGUUCACCCCAUCAGCAAAGCUGCGACAACCAAGUUGGAUCCCAAUUCAGACGACUUUGAUGCCAAGUUUUGGGUUAAAAACAUGAAGAAGAUGUUUGAUAGUGAUCCUGGAUACUACCGGCCUUUCAAGUUGGGCGUGGCUUAUCGGGAUUUGCGAGCUUACGGUGUCGCCAAUGACACAGACUACCAGCCCACUGUGGCUAAUGCACUAUGGAAACUUGCAACAGAGGCAUUUCGAAUGCUUCGACAGGAAAAGGAGUCUGAAAUGUUCAACAUUUUGAAAGAUAUGGAUGGUAUCAUGAGACCCGGUGAAGUGACUGUUGUCUUGGGAAGACCCGGUAGUGGUUGUUCGACGUUGCUCAAGACCAUUGCCUGUAACACGUAUGGUUUCCACAUUGGCAAAGAAUCCCAAAUAACAUACGAUGGUUUGACGCAAAAAGAUAUUGAAAAGCACUACAGAGGUGAUGUGAUUUACUCGGCUGAAUCCGAUAUCCAUUUCCCACAAUUGUCCGUUGGUGACACCUUGGAGUUUGCCGCAAGACUCAGAACCCCACACAAUCGUGGUACAGGUGUGGCUCGGGAAGAGUACGCAAAGCACAUGGCCAGUGUAUACAUGGCCACUUAUGGAUUAAUGCACACGAGAAACACAAAAGUCGGUGGGGACUUUGUCAGGGGAGUUUCUGGUGGUGAGAGAAAAAGAGUAUCAAUUGCUGAAGUUUCGCUCAGCGGUGCCAACAUCCAAUGUUGGGAUAAUGCCACUAGAGGUUUAGAUGCUGCCACUGCAUUGGAGUUUGUGCGGGCGUUGAAGACCUCGGCCACUGUUUUGGAAAAGACCCCCUUGAUUGCCAUUUACCAAUGUUCGCAAGACGCGUAUGACUUGUUUGAUAACGCGGUGGUCUUGUACGAAGGCUAUCAGAUCUUCUUUGGGAGGGCAGAUAAAGCGAAGGAGUAUUUCAUCAGAAUGGGCUACGAGUGUCCCGAUAGACAGACCACUGCCGAUUUCUUAACUUCAAUCACGAAUCCAAUGGAGAGAGUUGCUCGCCCCGGGUACGAGAACAAAGUUCCCAAAGUUGCUGAGGAGUUUGACAAGUACUGGAAGAGUUCUCCCGAGUAUGCUGAGUUGUGUCAAGAGAUUGAUCGGCACUUUACUGCAUGUGAGCAACUAGAUACCAAAAAGUCCUUUCGCGAUUCUCAUGCUGCUGCGCAAGCCAAGAGCUUGAAGCCAUCUUCUCCUUUUAGGGUUUCAUUCAUGAUGCAGGUCAAGUAUAUUAUCCACCGAAACUUUCUCAGAAUGGAGGGCGACCCUUCCAUCUCACUAUUUAUGAUCUUUGGCCAGCUUGUCAUGGGUCUCAUUUUGUCUUCCGUUCUUUACAACAUGAGCCAGACCACAAAGUCGUUCUAUCAUAGGGGAGCAGCGAUAUUCUUUGGCGUCUUGUUCAAUGCAUUUUCGUCUCUUUUGGAGAUUAUGGCGCUUUUCGAAGCCAGGCCUAUUGUGGAGAAGCAUAGGAAGUACGCCCUUUACCGACCGGCAGCGGAUGCUCUUGCGGGGAUCAUAUCUGACUUACCAGUGAAAUUCUUCAUGUCAAUGUCCUUCAACCUCGUGUUCUACUUCAUGGUCAAUCUCAGGAGAGAUACAGGUAGGUUUUUCUUUUUUUGGCUCAUCUGUGGAUGGAGUACGUUGGUGAUGUCGCACUUGUUCAGAUCCAUUGGUGCUGUCUCGACGUCGCUUGCCGGGGCCAUGACCCCAGCCAUUGUUCUAUUGAUGGCGAUGAUUAUCUAUACUGGGUUUGUUAUCCCGACUCGGAUGAUGCUAGGAUGGGCACGAUGGAUCAAUUACAUCAAUCCCAUUGCUUAUGCUUUUGAAUCACUAAUGUUGAAUGAGUUCCAAGGAAGAUCAUUUGAAUGUGCCGGUUUUGUUCCUAGUGGACCUGGCUACGAGGGUAUUUCCAAUGCAGACAGAGUGUGUACCGCCCAGGGCUCCCGUCCAGGAGAUAUCAUGGUCAAUGGCUCAGACUAUCUCAAGAGUCUUUACAAUUACACCAACGGACACAAGUGGAGAAACUUUGGCAUCGUCAUUGGUUUUACUGUUUUUUUUUUGGUGACUUACAUUUGCCUCACAGAAUUGAACAAAGGAGCAAUGCAAAAGGGCGAGAUUGUCUUGUUCUUGAAAGGGUCAUUGAAGAAGAGAAAAAGAGCUAGAGAGGCCAAGAUCGAUUCCGAGUUUGGAGGAAUGCCAAAUGAAAAAGUUGGUUACGAAGCCGAGGCUGAAGCUGAGAGGUUCGAGGAGGGAAAAGAGUCUACCUCCAAUGAUGACUCGGAAAUCCCAAGCAACAGAGAAAUCUUCUUUUGGAAGGACUUGACCUACCAGGUCAAGAUCAAGAGCGAGCACAGAGUCAUUUUGGACCACGUCGACGGCUGGGUCAAACCGGGGCAAAUCACUGCGUUGAUGGGUGCUUCUGGUGCCGGUAAGACCACCUUGUUGAACUGUUUGUCUGAGCGUGUCACCAGUGGUGAGAUCACCGAUGGUGUGCGAAUGGUCAACGGUCACGAGUUGGAUUCGUCUUUCCAGAGAUCCAUUGGGUAUGUCCAGCAGCAGGAUUUGCACUUGGCCGAGUCCACCGUUCGAGAAGCAUUGCAGUUUUCCGCGUACUUGAGACAGUCCAACAGUGUGUCCAAAAAGGAAAAAGACGAAUAUGUUGACUACAUUAUUGACUUGUUGGAAAUGACCGACUAUGCCGAUGCAUUGGUUGGUGUUGCCGGUGAAGGUUUGAAUGUCGAGCAGAGAAAGAGGUUGACCAUUGGUGUUGAGUUAGUCGCCAAGCCCAAGUUGUUGUUGUUUCUCGAUGAGCCCACUUCGGGUUUGGAUUCGCAGACUGCGUGGUCGAUUUGUAAAAUGAUGAGAAAAUUGGCAGACCACGGACAGGCCAUCUUGUGUACCAUCCACCAGCCUUCAGCUGUCUUGAUGCAGGAAUUCGACAGGCUUUUGUUUAUGCGAAAAGGUGGUCAAACGGUCUACUUUGGUGACUUGGGUAAAGGAUGUUCUACAAUGAUCAAGUACUUUGAAAGUCAAGGUGCGGACUUAUGUCCUGCAGAUGCCAACCCUGCCGAAUGGAUGUUGCAUGUCGUUGGUGCCGCUCCAGGUUCCCGUGCAAAAGCAGACUAUUAUCAGGCGUGGAAAAACUCGAACGAGUACCAGGCAAUGCAGAACGAAUUGAGUAGAAUGGAAACCGAGCUUUCGAAAUUACCUAGAGACACUGACCCUGAAGCAAACAAAACGUACGCUGCGCCGUUGUGGAAGCAGUACUUGAUUGUGACCGAGAGAGUGCUUGUCCAAGACUGGAGAUCGCCAGGAUACAUCUACUCCAAAUUGUUCCUAACUGCUGGUGCCUACAUUUUCAACGGAUUCUCCUUCUUUAAAGCACAUAACUCAGUCCAAGGUUUGCAGAACCAAAUGUACUCGAUAUUCAUGUCGUAUCUCCCGCUCACCACCUUGAUUGACCAGAUGCUUCCUUCCUAUAUUAAACACAGGGAUGUAUAUGAAACUAGAGAAGCGCCCUCGAGAACUUUUAGUUGGGUUGCGUUUAUUCUAGCUCAAAUCACUUCGGAGAUACCGUUCCAGAUCUUCAUGGGCACAGUUGCGUAUUUUUGUUGGUACUACCCUGUGGGUCUUUACAGAAACGCCGAGCCCACGGACCAAGUUGACUCUAGAGGAGUUCUAAUGUGGUUGUUGAUGACGGCAUUGUUUGUUUUCAUUUCCACUUUUGGCCAGUUGUGCGUAUCGUUUCAAGAGGAAGAGAUUAAUGCAGCAAAUCUUGCUACACUUUUAUUUACCCUCUGCCUCACCUUCUGCGGCGUCUUGGCCACAAGAGCAGCCAUGCCCGGGUUCUGGGUGUUUAUGUAUUACGUGAAUCCUUUCACGUAUUUGGUGCAAGGCAUGCUCGCUACAGGGUUGGCGAAUGCUGCCGUUGUUUGUGAACGGGAGGAAUUAGUCACGGUUGUUCCACCAGAGGGACAGUCGUGCAGCUCAUACUUGGAAAUUUUUAUUCAAAACAAUGGUGGGUACUCAACCGUUGUCAAUGGUGAAUGCAGGUACUGUCAGCUUUCAUCGACAAAUGGCUUUUUACGUGGUAUCGAUGCCGAGUUUAGCCAACGAUGGAGAAACUGGGGUAUUGUCGUUGCAUUCAUAGGCGGUAAUAUCAUCUUGACUGGUGCGCUUUACUGGUUAUUCCGUGUUCCAAAGGGUACCAGACAAAAGAACAAGUGUGUGUUGCGUUGA